AUCUUCGGCGAUGAGCGCAGCCCCACCAUUUGGAAUUGUUUAUAUAUGGGGGCUCCUGCGGUGAUGGUGGAUCAGUUGGUAAACAGAAAAAGAGAAUUAAUUUAGCCGGUUUUCCGCGAGUUCUACAAGCGGUUUUUUUAUAUAGAUAGUAAAACGGGUUCGCGAAAAUGCUUGGGAAAGCAUUUCUUUUUUUGAGUGCUCUGUUGGUUGUGCGAGCAGCGCAGUCUGAUUUUUACAGUGACCUUAGCCUCUUCCAUGAGCUCCAACAGCCAUACAGGGCAAAUUGGAAUUGGCACAAUCCCGUCGUGAAUCCAAGACGCGCGAUCGAAGAGGAACUAGCAUCUGCAGAAGACGACAGCGAUGAACGCGAACCUCUAGCCAAAGACUACAAAGAUCCACCUGCUGCCAGUUCGGAGCAAAAACCUGUCUUGGUGCCUAAACCAAAGCCCAAUCUGAAAUCGAUACCCGAAAAGCCUGAAAUUUCUGAUUUACCUGAGAAUCCAGAAAGACCUUUAACUGAGCUUCUUCCGGGUGGUGUGGUGGAUGUUAAUUCCGAUGGUUUUGGAGGUCCUUUCAAUCCUUUUGGGCCAGAGUUUGACUUUUCUUCGUCUUUUGGAGUUGGAAACUCGAAGCCUUUCGGAAUUGGAGAUUUGUUUAAUUCGUUCCAGGGCAGUCAGUGGUGGAAGGGAAAGAACGUUUGCAUCGAAAGAGAAGAGAGUACCGAUGACGAUGAAGACAGUGACGAGGACCAAAGCAAUGAAGAAGGCAAGAAAAAUUCAACAUCUUCAACAUCGAAGGCCUCAAAAGCUCUUCCUGACUUGUUUUCCACUUCAAUAAGCUUGUCCAACUGCUUCGAAACUGCAUCCAAAUAUGAAUGUGUCACAAAAAUAAAUAACCAUGGCGUCUUCAAGACUUUUACAGUUCGCUACAAGUGCUGCUAUGGAUAUACUAGAACUAGAGGAGGUGGAUGCGACAAAAAGGCAGAUCUUAAACCUAUUUUGGAGACUUUGGACGACAUCAAGGCUUCGGAGUUUAGAAAUUUAAUCAAAACAAGUCAGCUAGACGAAAAAUUCACGGAUAGCAACUGUUCUUUGUUCGUGCCUACGGAUGAUGCUCUAACUGAGUACAAUGAUAAAAUGGUAGAGAUGAACAACGUUGUAAGAAGACGUAGAGGCCUCGGUCAACAUCUUUCAACCCGCGAUCUGGUAUUAAGUCACGCUGUAGAAGGUUUCGUUGAUUUAACGGAUCUAGCGAAUGAUGACGUGAUAUAUAGCGAAAACAACAACAGUUCUAUCAGAGUCAACAUAUAUCCAACAAACACCAGGGAAAGACUUGUUACUGUCAACUGUGCUAGAGUUAAAACACCAAACGUCUUGACCAAAAACGGUAUUAUCCAUGUCACAGAUGGUGUUGUUCUCCCAGCUACCCAAGACAUUGAAACUAUUAUUAAGACUCAUCCUCGAUUGACUAAUUUAAAGGAAGCUAUAUCAAAAACGGACAUUCCCAGCCACAUUAAGCCAGAUGGACACUAUACCGUAUUUGCACCUACCGAUGAAGCAUUUAAUAAGUUGGAUGAGGUACAGAAGCAGAAGAUUCUGAGAGGAUCUGGAUGUGCCUCAAGUAUCCUGAAAUUCCAUUUCACUGCUCACACUGUAUGUUCUCCCGCAAUUAUUGGGAAUGCCACAACUCACAACGUUGAAGGAGAUUUGUUAAACCUGGAAAGAACCGUUGAUGAUGAACUGAUCUUAGAACGCAAAGCAAAAUUAGUUGGUACUGAUAUCAUUGCUACCAACGGUGUUAUUCAUUUGAUCGAUGCUGUAAUUGUACCAGAUGCAGGUCUCUAUAUUGGUAACGUACUUAAACACCAAAACUACACAAAAUUCCAGGAACUCAUCCAGAAAGCUGAGCUGGAAGAACAAAUUAACGAGCUCCAAAAUGCUACAGUAUUCGUUCCAAGUAAUCAAGCUUUUGAAAGUCCAGAAGGAAAGAAGUUAUUGAGCGAGAUUGAAAACGACAAAGAGAAGCUAAAAGAAAUAGUCAGGUAUCACACACUUCAGGGUCAGCUACAAUCAGGAGAUAUGAAUAAUAACGAAAAGUUGGUCACGUAUGAUAAUGGAAGAGAACUUAGAUUGAAUCUCUAUUCAACUUUACCUCUAUUCACCAACAUCGUAAAUCGCGCCACAGUAAACUGCGCAAGGCUAGUAGGUUUCGACGAAAAAGCAUGCGGUUCCACCAUUCACGAAGUCAACCAAAUCUUGGUACCACCCACCAGAAAUAUCUUGGAAGUUAUCGAAAACGACGCGAGAUAUUCUACCCUCAAAGCUUUACUGAAAGACACAGAAUUGGAGAAAAUUCUGCAGGAAAAUAAUAGAUCAUUGACAUUGUUAGCACCUACAGAUGAAACAUUUGCAGCUUUGGACGAGAAGGAUCGUGAGGCGUUACUGAACGAUAAGAAAAAAGCAGAACAGAUUUUGAAGCAUCAUGUAUUAACUGAGGUUCUGUGCUGCUCAGGCGUCGGUCCACAUUCCUGGGGUUUUAGCAGUUUUAUUUCAACUCUGGCCAACACGCAGAUAGAAGUAGCCCGCACCGGAAGCAGGAUCCGCGUUAACAGAGCAGUAGUCACUAGCUGUGAUAAUUUAGCAACGAACGGAGUCGUACACACCGUCAACAAAGUAUUAUUGCCCAGGCAACCACCCGUUUCGUCUAUCGGUGGUUUCUUCCUCUUCGAUCUUUAGAGUUUUUAAAGUGAUUUAGAAUCAUCGUGUAAUGCAGAUUUUGGCUUUCCAUCCAUUACGUUUGUAUACUUCGUUCAUUUUCAAACUAAGCUCAGACGCUAGUUUCAGACACGUGAUCGGUGGGUGUGCCAUGUCUUCUCAGAUUGUCAUUGGUUACAAAUUACUUUCUAACCAAUGACAAAACGAGGACACGAUACAUCUUUAAAGUGUCUAAAACUGUCUUCUAAGCUUAUCAUGAGAAUGAACGUGGUACAGUGUGUAACUUGCAAGCACAUGAGACCUCCAUUUAUAAUAAUUUUUUAGUUGAGAAAUCAUGUGAUCCUUCUGGUAAAGACUAUGAUUUAGGAUUGGUCCAGUCAAAUAAUCGUCUUAAUCAAAAAAGAGAUCAGCAAUGUAUCGAUCAAGAGAAAGGCAAUUCUCUCAGAAAUCAUUUAGUAAGUCGGAAAGAAUACUAUAUGGAUAUGUGUGUCUAUACCAAGUCUAUGGUCUAUGUCUAUACCAAGCAGUAGCGUAUCUAGGCAUUGGCCUUGAGAGGGGACUUCCAAUAAAACACCAACCAAGAGACAUAAAAAAGAUAAGCCCAAUCCACAUAAAAGGCUUAAAUAAUAACUUAUAUGCAUUAAGUUCUCAUUUUCCUAACUAGAGGAUUUAUUAAGUUGAAUUUGUCUGUCUGUUGUUUAAGUUUCAUGUCAGCGAAUAUAUAUUUAUUUCAACAAUUUUUUUCUUAAUUUUUGACCUUGUUAGGGGGGUAAAUUUCCUCAUUUUCCCUCCAUGUACUGCCGCCUCUGUUACCAAGAAUUGCUGCUGCAUCAUAAUGAAAUAAAGACAUGUAAGAAUUUUGGUACUCUGGCGAUUGAUAUUUUCUAUCAAAGUUUGAUUUAAUGUAUUUUAAUUCAUAAAAAAGUUUUUGUUUAUUGUUUUAGAAAAUUUGUGCGAAUCUACACUAUAUAAUUGUAUUUUAAUUAUAAUUUCUUGUUGCUUUGUACUACAUAUAUUUUGGUUUUGUGGUUAAGUCAUAUCUGCUGCCAGGAUGCGACGUAACAGAUAUGCCUUUUUAUCAUAUCUAGCGAUUGCUUGAACAAAAAAUCUACAAUAUACGAUGAUUUAAUGACUGAACUUAAUGUACUUGUGUUGUUAAUAUCAUUUUACCCAGAUAAAAUUUAGGACGAAGAUGCAUUAAGCUACCUGGGUAGAAAUUGAACAAAAAAAAGAUAAUUUAUUUUUUAUUUUAGUAUUUUAUUCUAGGAGUAUAAUGUGUUAGCUUGUAUUAGUCUAGCAAUAAAGUUUUAAUGUUUAAAA